AUGCUCUUAUGCUUCUGCCCUUGCCACGUACCUCACUUCCUCAUGAGUCGUCUAUCUCCUGCCACCGGAAUCUCUCCCCGUCUUCACUGCACCGUUGAUUGGGGUUCUGAUGGGCGAUUACUUCCCUUCGGAUUCGGAUUACGGAGAAACGAGGUCCCGUUUAAACGCCGCCUGAGAUUUGUGAUCAGGGCGGAGCUCUCUGAGGCUUUCUCUCCGGAUUUGGGUUUGGAUUCUCAGGCUGUGAAAUCCCGUGAUACAUCAAACUUGCCUUGGAUCGGUCCAGUUCCAGGGGACAUUGCUGAGGUUGAGGCAUAUUGUAGAAUUUUUAGAUCAGCUGAGCGACUACAUGGAGCUUUGAUGGAGACGUUAUGCAACCCUGUGACUGGUGAAUGUCGGGUACCGUAUGAUUUCUCACCCGAGGAAAAACCAUUACUGGAGGACAAAAUAGUGUCAGUGCUUGGUUGUAUAUUAUCUCUUUUAAACAAAGGAAGAAAAGAAAUUCUCUCUGGGAGGUCAUCUUCUAUGAAUUCAUUUAGUUUGGAUGAUGUAGGGGUUGCAGAGGACACACUUCCUCCACUUGCCAUUUUCAGGGGUGAAAUGAAACGGUGUUGUGAAAGCUUACACAUUGCCCUCGAGAAUUAUCUGACCCCUGAUGAUGAAAGAAGUGGAAUUGUCUGGAGGAAAUUACAGAAGCUUAAAAAUGUCUGCUACGACGCAGGUUUUCCACGCAGUGAUAAUUAUCCCUGCCAAACACUUUUCGCGAAUUGGGACCCUAUUUACUCGUCAAAUAUGAAAGAGGAUACUGAUUCCUACGAGUCUGAGAUUGCAUUCUGGAGGGGAGGACAGGUUACCCAAGAAGGAUUGAAGUGGUUAAUCGAAAAAGGAUUUAAAACAAUUGUUGACCUGAGAGCUGAAAAUGUGAAGGAUACAUUCUAUCAGGCGGCACUUGAUGAGGCAAUUUCCGCUGGGAAAAUUACAUUGGUGAAAAUUCCAAUUGAAGUCAGGAUGGCCCCUUUAGCUCAGCAGGUCGAGCUGUUUGCUUCUAUUGUGUCAGAUAGCAGCAAAAGGCCGAUCUAUGUUCACAGUAAGGAAGGUGUUUGGAGAACUUCUGCGAUGGUUUCCAGGUGGAAACAGUACAUGACACGUCCGAUAACGAAAGAAAUUCCAGUUUCAGAAGAGUCAAAGAGUCGUGAGGUUUCUGAAACUAUGCUUGGAUUGAGUGCUGUAGUAUCUGGCAAGGGUGUGCCUGAUAAGCAUACUGAUAAAGUCUCUGAAAUCAAUGAAGUUGAUAGUAAAUCUGUUUCAAACCAGAGCAAAGAAACUGGAGACAAUGAGGGAGGUACAUAUGCAUUAGAAUUUAAUAUGGUGAGUGAUCCUCUUAAAGCUCAAGUUCCACCGGGCAAUAUUUUUUCAAGAAAAGAAAUGUCUAAAUUCCUGAAGAGCAAAGGUAUUGCUCCUGCUGGUUAUCUUAGUACUCAGUCCAAAAAACUAGGAAUAGUGCCUACUCUGCAAGUUUCAUAUGCUGGAGUGACAGACGGAUAUCAGAUUGCUGAUAAAGAUUCCGUAAGAGGAUUUGCGGAGACAGGAAACUCCAAUGGGACCAUUCUACCUGCAAGGUCUCAAAGUUUAGAUUUUGGCAAUGGGAAGUUUUCAAAUGGAAAUGUGCAUGCUUCUGACAACACGAAUACAAGUAUAUCGGGUAACAGGGGACAUGGCUUCUCUGCAGAGCCUAUUGUUGUGCCUCCAAGUGAAAAAUUAAGUCGCACUGUGGUUUCCCAACCUGUUCGAGAGUCUCAGAGAAACAAUAGUGCUUCUUCGUCAGAUUCCAGCGAUGAUGAAGCUGGGGCUAUUGAGGGCAAUAUGUGUGCUUCUGCUACUGGUGUGGUAAGGGUGCAGUCGAGAAAGAAAGCAGAGAUGUUCCUAGUCCGAACUGAUGGAGUGUCUUGUACAAGGGAAAAAGUGACGGAAUCUUCUCUAGCCUUCACACAUCCAAGUACGCAACAACAGAUGCUUCUUUGGAAAACUACACCAAAAACUGUCUUACUGCUGAAGAAGCUUGGGCAAGAACUGAUGGAGGAAGCGAAAGAGGCUGCAUCUUUCUUGUAUCACCAAGAGAAGAUGAAUGUUCUGGUUGAACCUGAGGUUCAUGAUGUAUUUGCCAGGAUUCCAGGGUUUGGAUUUGUCCAGACCUUUUACAUUCAGGACACAAGUGAUCUACAUGAAAGGGUUGAUUUUGUGGCAUGCUUAGGAGGGGAUGGGGUGAUAUUGCAUGCAUCAAACUUGUUCAAAGGAGCUGUUCCUCCUGUUGUUUCGUUUAAUCUAGGGUCCCUUGGAUUCCUCACAUCACAUCCAUUUGAGGAUUUCAGGCAAGACCUCAAACGAGUCAUCCAUGGGAAUAACACGCUAGAUGGGGUUUAUAUAACUCUUCGAAUGCGUCUUCGUUGUGAAAUCUAUCGUAAGGGCAAAGCGAUGCCUGGUAAAGUGUUUGAUGUUCUGAACGAGAUUGUUAUUGAUCGAGGAUCCAACCCAUACCUUUCUAAGAUCGAAUGUUAUGAGCACGAUCGUCUUAUCACCAAGGUACAAGGUGAUGGAGUUAUAGUAGCCACUCCUACAGGAAGUACUGCUUAUUCUACAGCAGCUGGAGGUUCCAUGGUGCAUCCAAACGUUCCUUGCAUGCUGUUUACUCCAAUCUGCCCACAUUCGCUCUCGUUCAGACCAGUUAUACUUCCAGAUUCUGCAAAACUCGAAUUAAAGAUUCCAGAUGAUGCUCGAAGCAAUGCAUGGGUUUCGUUUGAUGGAAAGAGAAGGCAACAGCUUUCGAGGGGGGAUUCGGUGAGAAUAUACAUGAGCCAACAUCCGCUCCCAACUGUGAACAAAUCUGAUCAAACCGGUGAUUGGUUUAGAAGCUUAAUCCGUUGCUUAAACUGGAACGAGCGUCUUGAUCAAAAGGCUCUUUGA